CUCCCCCUAAAACCUUGGACGUGGAUGUCCUCGCCUCUGAUUGGUCGCGAAGCCCCAACCGACAACACCUGCUUAACUCCUUCAUCCAAAUUGACACCCGCGGGGCUCUGAGAAAUAUAGGCAGCAGCAUCUCUUCCAGCUCAUGCAUUCAGUCCCACAGCUGCACAACAUAACACACCGAGCUGCAGCUGCACCGAGCACUGAUCCAAGGUGAACACUCACACACACGCACACACACACACAGAGAGAGAGACUCACACACACACACACACACACACUGCUGGGGAUCUUUUUGCUGGAAAUCGGAGCGCAAUGUUGUUGAAACUGGCCGUGGCGCUGCUGGUUUUGUCAGUGCUGGAGCAAGUGGUGGUGGGAUCGGAUAAUACUGAGAUGAUCCAUGACAGCCUGCCGGAGAAGCCUGCGAGCCAGAAAGGACGCCUCUCUCUGCAGAACACAGCUGAGAUCCAGCACUGCCUGGUGAGUGCAGGGGAUGUCGGCUGCGGUGUGUUUGAGUGCUUUGAGAAUAACUCCUGCGAGAUACGAGGGCUACAGGAAAUCUGCAUGACGUUCCUGCACAACGCUGGCAAAUUUGACUCUCAGGGGAAGUCCUUCAUCAAGGAUGCUCUGAAAUGCAUGGCGCAUGGCCUACGGCACAAGUUCAGCUGUAUCAGCAGGAAGUGUGUGUCCAUUAAAGAGAUGGUGUUCCAGCUCCAGAGAGAGUGUUACAUCAAACACAACCUGUGCUCUGCUGCUAAGGAGAAUGUGGCCGUCAUGGUGGAGAUGAUCCAUUUCCAGGAUCUCUUCCCUAAAGGCCCGUACGUGGAGCUGGUGAAUAUUCUCCUGAGCUGCGGUGAGGAGGUGAAGGAGGCGUUGACGCGGAGUGUCCGGCUACAGUGCGAGCAGAACUGGGGCGCUCUGUGCGACAGCCUGAGCCUCUGCUCCUCCCUCGCCCCGUCCCCGGCCGGCGCUGCCGCCGAACAACACCACCGCCGUCCCCCCUUGCCCUCCCACGCCGAGCCGGAGCACCCUCGCCCCCCGCGGCAAGGCGACAAGGACAAACCCGCCAAGGCGGGUUUCAACGCUCACCCGCGCAAUCGCAGUCAGGGACCCCGCCGCCAGAGUCCAGACACCGGAGUUGUGGCCGAGCAGGAAGACCCCGAGGCCACUGACAUCCGGAGGUGAAAAUGCAGGAGACUAUCCCGACCUUUGACCCCCCCUACAAUGUUUAAAAACCACACUUGCAGACUUAUGCACACCUCCACACAAAAACACACACUUCACACACACACACACACGCACACACACACGCACACACACACACACACACAAAUUCCCAGACAGACUGAGCAGAAGGAAACAAGCCCCGACCUUUCCUGUCCUUAUUCCGCCCUCUCCAGUCAUUCCAGCAGUCCCACAUGGUAAACUUGCAGGGUAAUUGUGGUGUAGCUUGUACUGUUAUGCCAGACUGUAGGCCACAAUUUUAUUUUUUAUUUUAAAUUGAAUAAUAAUUGUUAUUAUCAUGAUUAUUUCAACUGUUAGGACUAUUUUGGCUCUAAUAUAGCAAGUCUCAAAUCAUACUUACUGUAAGAUUUGAUUAUAUUUGUAUUAUUUAUUUUAUUCUGUAUGCAAUGUUGAAGUAUCAAAAUGUACAUAGAAAUAUACUUAUCUAUAUUUAUAUAAACAUGUAUAAAUAUAGUUACAAUAUGCAAUACUGAUAUACUAUAGAUGACAUAGUAUAUGGUGUGCCGUCUCUUCACAGUAUUGCACCCAUCACACAUCGGUCUGUAGAUAUGUAACAUACACCAUUUGUCGUUUCAAAGUGGGAAUGUGUAUUAUAAUUAUAGAUACUUGAUGAUUAAAUACAAAUUGUACAGGUUUCAAGUCCAGUUCUGGCACAUAUGAAUUGUAGUGCAUGAUGGCCGCGAAGCCAACAGACUUGUGCAUUCUUAAAGUGAAAGUCCACUCUAAAGAGGAUGCAGAUGUAAUACUAUGAAUAUGGACGGUUAUUUCACACAUGUAUGUAUUAAGUCUCUCACAAAGCUAGAAAUAAGAGAGCCGAGACUGAUCUCUGGUGUCACCGAGCGCUGCUGUCUGGACAGCAAUGAAUGGGAGCCUUAAAGGUAUAAUAUGUAACAGUUGUCAGUUUCUGUUUGUAAACACACCGCAUUCUAAUUUGCUCCCUCCUCCUCAACUCAAGUAGCGAGCGAGGGAGCAAGAGUGCAGCGUUGGUGGUGCAAGCUAUAGAGUGACUGAAGAGAGGGAGCGGCGUUAGUGAGAACAAAGCAGCGAAUCAGAGAAAUAAAAUGUUAUUUUCUGAUUGUUUCACGGCGGUUACAUUCUAUAAACACACAACUAACUCCACAUAACCCUGCGGGAAGGUGCCAAGUUUCCAGAUUUUGAAUGAAUGCAGGCUGCCUGUCUGCUGGCUGUGGUUCAGCGCUGCUUUCAUUAUACUACAGACACACACCGAUCAUAGCUGCACUCACAGCACAGAGAGGAGCCGGGGAUCACUGGAACACAUGCACAUAGCACAACCCGUUCCCAUCCGUGAAAUACGGCCGCUUUGUAUGUGGAGACUCGGUAUCAGAAGCCGAGUGACAUGUCAAAGCGGUGGCAUUUGACCACCUGAACGGGCUGUUAUUGGCUGAGGGUUACACCCCCAUUCUGGGGCCCAAAGGCUGUUUGCAGACACCCAGAAGCGUCCCGAGUAAAGCAAAUUAAGAAGAAAAGAGGAAAUACAGGCAGAGGGCAGGGUUUCUGCAGAUACAGACACCACCACACUUAUCUUUGUACCUGUCUAUACAUUGUUUUUGUUAGUUAAUUCUUGCAUAUUAUACCUUAACAUGGACUCUUCUUGUUUCAUUGAGUAUUAGCGCAACUCUGACGGGAUGCAAAAAUCAUCACGUCGCUCUCAUUCAUUGUGCUUCAGAAACUGUGUCUCGGCGACGUUACAGAUUAACGUCAUGUUUAUAGCUUCAGGAGAUGUUCUUGUUCACAAAUAAGAAUUGAACUGUCAAAUGUUUGUACAUUCUCUUUGAGUUGGUUUCCCAUUUAACUGUCAGCUAUCGGUGAACUGCAGCAAAGAGAGGAUGUUCAGUCAAGUCCUUUUCAAAUGUAAAAAUCACACACAUCAAGGUGCCUAAACUUGUUAUUGUCCACAGCGACCGCUUCUCUGUGAUUUAAGUGAAUGGACGAUUUAAUGUUGAGCUAUUUUACGAUGAUGUUGAGCCACAGAAGUCUUAGAUUUUGCACUUUGGAUGAUUGUCGGUUUGUGUUGGACUGCUUCAGGUUAAGAGAUAAGACCAGGUAACCAGAGCGGUCUAAUCAGACCUUACUGUAUAGGAUAUUUCAUUUGGUUUCCCUUAUCAACUACAGCACCGAGCCUUGUAUCCCCACAUGCUCCUUCAGACCACAUUGAGCCCCUUCUUUCAGAUCAAUGUUACCCUUUUUGUGGUGUCCCAGUGGGCAGGAGAGAGGCUUGACAGAAGCUCUCCAGAUCUGUAGCCACUCUAAAUUAGCCCUUAUCCCCUCUCUGGUCCCUUACCUAGGUUAGGAGAGGCAUGAAGGCCUGUUAUUCUACCCGUUAGAGCCGCAGGCGACGCAGCGAGGAACCAGGAACUGGGUUAAGUCCACACACGGGGGCUCUGGCGCUGUUAUUCUAAAUGUUAUAUUUACCGAGGCCACCAGAGAAUUCCUCUGGGCCACAGCCAAGAGCCAGCAACGCAGAGAGGCAGAGAGGAGCAGAGCAAGAAGGAGCGAGACAACUUUCUUUUUUUUUUUUUUUAAUGUGAUGAAUCACUCCGUCUUACUCUUCUUCUCUCCCUCCUUUAGGUCACAGACACAGGCUUUUGACCAUUUCAGGCCAGUCACAUGCUUUUAGCUGUGGAAGUGCAGUUUGUGAGCACAUUACACCACAUGCUGGGGAGUGAUUGGUGGUAAAAUCUGCUCAGAUUUUGUGGCUCAGUUAAGGGUUUUUUCACUUUUAUUUUCCUGAUGUACUUACAGUAAGGUUAUGUUUUUCCUCCCAAUCAUUUAGGGACAAGUAUAAGCUCCGAGGGUUUGAAUCAUCAGUCAGGCUUUUCUUUUUUUAUUUUUAUUCUGUUGUGGAAGUUGGGAUUCCUGUGACAUCCCGGCAUGAGACAUAAGCUAAUCCUAUUGAGAAUGUACUGUAUGUGUGUAACGUGACAAUCUGUUCAGCUCUCUGUCAUUGGCUUUUUUUGUAAUAAUGUAGUGGCUUGAAUGGCUUUUUCUUUAUGUGUUCAGAGGAAAAUAAAGCUAACCACGUUUCCGGUAUUUGUUAGUGCUCCAUCGCCACGUUACGUGUCUUUCCUCCGUUAAGCACAAGGACUCUGCUUUCACCGUUGAAAAUGCAGAACAUGGUCUAGAUGUUUGUAACUCACCUGUAAGACAUUGGGCAUAUGAUCCUAUCAAUAUCUUUGGACUCAUGAAGUCAAAUGUAUCUUGUUAUCAUUAAAAUAUUUUUGUCUGUA